UUUAAAAAAAAAAUGUAUAUUUCGAUUGCAACUUGAUUAAGUUUCUUUCCCCUUUUCUUUUUAUCUCUUUAUUUUUACUCGACAUGAAAAUCAAAGGAAAUACAUUUAUUGUCACUGGAGGUGCUAGUGGCCUUGGUGAAGCUACUGUCAAACACCUUGUAGAAGCUGGUGGUAAUGUUGCUAUCUUUGACUUGAAUGAUGAAGCUGCUCAAGCAUGUGCCCAAUCGUUAGGUUCUCAAGUAUUUGUCCCUGGCAAAGUAGAUGUGACGUCUGAAGUGAUUGUACGCGAUGCUAUUCAAAAGACAAUAGCCAAGUUUGGCAAAUUAGCAGGUGUGAUCAAUUGUGGAGGUGUGGCGACUGCUGCCAAAGUGGCUCGUCGUGGUAAAUCGGCUCAUACUUUGACGUUGGAUUUAUUUGAAUUUACUGUUCGUGUCAAUCUGAUUGGAACUUAUAAUGUAUGCCGUCAAGUAAGUGAAGUAUUGGUGAAUCAAGAUCCUUUUACUGAUGAUGGUGAACGUGGUGUAAUUAUCAAUACAGCUUCCAUUGCUUAUCAAGAUGGUCAAGCAGGACAAGCAGCUUAUUCGGCUUCUAAAGGUGGUGUAGCAAGUAUGACUCUUCCCUUGGCCCGUGAUUUAGCUCCUGCUGGUGUUAGAGUUCUAGCCAUUGCUCCAGGUCUCUUCCGAACCAAUAUGACAGCUAUGAUCAAUGAUAAGGUAUUGAAGGAUGCUGUGUUCCCCAAUCGUAUGGGUAAUCCUCAAGAAUUUGCCCAGUUGGUAUCAGCUAUGAUUGAAAAUGGUAUGCUCAAUGGUGAAGUCAUCAGAAUCGAUGGUGCAACACGUCUUGGAAAACUGUAGUUUAGAAUUAUAUAUAUAUUUAUCUACACUUUAUUCAAUAAUAAAUGACAGAAAAAUAAGAUGUCGCGAAAAUAGGAAAUAAAA